AUGAAACGAACCUCAAAUUCCGUUCGUCAACACGACAAUUUACAGCAUGCAUUUAGUAAUCAGCUCCCACCAAACUUAUUAAAUAAAAAACCUCGUCAUCCAGUACAGCAACAAAGCUCAUUUGGAUUGUCUUUUAAUGGACCACCAAAGCACAUACGACCACCAUCGUCAUCUGCAACAUCAUUGAAUCGUGAACCAUUUGGACCACCAUUAAACGCUAGCUACAAUGAGUUUGCUGGAAAAACAAAUGAUGAGGUUCUAAGAAAACAUACAGAGGAUUAUAACACGAGACAGGCCAUGAAGACAGUAUUGAAACAGGCUCAAUCUGUGUCUUAUGGAUUUUAUAUUGCCAAACAAUCAAAGAGUAACAACAUACUUGUGCCUGCUAUCCCAAGAAAGAGAAUAGAUGACCUUUAG